AUGGACUUGUCUCAGGCACGCGCGGCUUCUCUCGCCUUGGACUUUGAUGUGGACGCUGAGGACGAUGAAGCCGCUGCAGAGCGGACACUGGCAAGUGCGACUUCGGGAUUGACACAGACGCGAUACGAACCGGCCUAUUCUGAUGGUCCUUCUGGAGUACGCUCGGAGCGGUCCCCCCAAGGUGUAAACCACCUCACAGAAGAGGACGAAGAGCUCUGGGACCGAUUGUGA